UAGGCCUGGGGCGGGCGGAGGCUGCGGCCUGCGGGCGGCCGGGAGGGCAGCGCCGUGCCGCGGGGUGACCCGUGGCUCCGGGACACGGCUCCGCGCGGCGGCUGCCCUUGUCGUGGCGGUGCCCGGGGGAAGGGCUCGGGCUCGUCACGGGGACGCCGUGAGGGAGAGGCACGCCAUGGCAGAAGCCGCGGUGUCCCCGCUGAAGCACUUCGUGCUGGCGAAGAAGACCAUCACUGCCAUCUUCGACCAGCUGCUGGACUACGUCACCGAGGGAGCGACUUUCGUGGAAGCAACAUACAGGAACCCAGAGCUUGAACAUAUAGCAACAGAAGAUGAACUAGCAAAAAUACAGGCGUAUAAAAAGAAGCUGGCAGUCAUCGGUGAGGUGCUUUCACGGAGGCACAUGAAAGUGGCAUUUUUUGGCAGAACAAGCAGUGGGAAGAGUUCGGUCAUUAAUGCUAUGCUGUGGGAUAAGGUGCUGCCCAGUGGGAUCGGCCAUACAACUAACUGCUUCCUCAGCGUGGAGGGGACUGAUGGAGAUAAGGCUUAUCUUAUGACAGAAGGAUCCGACGAAAAAAAGAGUGUCAAGACAGUCAAUCAGCUUGCUCAUGCACUUCACAUGGAUAAAGAUUUGAAAGCUGGCUGUCUUGUCCAUGUCUUUUGGCCCAAGUCGAAGUGUGCCCUGCUGAGAGACGAUUUGGUUUUAGUGGACAGCCCUGGCACAGACGUCACUACAGAGCUCGACAGUUGGAUUGACAAAUUCUGCUUGGAUGCUGAUGUGUUUGUCUUGGUUGCCAAUUCUGAAUCGACUCUCAUGAACACGGAAAAGCAUUUUUUCCAUAAAGUGAACGAACGGCUUUCUAAACCAAACAUCUUCAUCCUGAAUAAUAGAUGGGAUGCCUCUGCAUCAGAACCAGAAUAUAUGGAAGAUGUGCGCAGGCAGCACAUGGAGCGCUGCCUGACUUUUCUAGUUGAUGAGCUCAAAGUUAUUGAUCCUGUAGAAGCAAGGAAUCGCAUCUUUUUUGUUUCAGCAAAAGAAGUUCUCAGUGCCAGGAGACAGAAGGCCCAAGGGAUGCCAGAGGGUGGUGGAGCGCUUGCUGAAGGAUUUCAAACCAGAUUCCAGGAAUUUCAAAAUUUUGAGCAGAUAUUUGAGGAGUGUAUCUCGCAGUCAGCCGUGAAAACCAAGUUUGAACAGCACACUAUCAGAGCUAAACAGAUAAUAGAUACUGUGAAAAACAUUAUGGACGCCAUAAACGUAGCAGCAGCAGAGAAAAGAGUCCACUCAAUGGAAGAGCGAGAAGAUCAGAAGGAUCGGUUGGACUUUGUUCGAAAUCAGCUGAACAUUUUGACAGAAGAUACUAAGGAAAAAAUCAAGCGUGUAACUGAGGAAGUAGAAAAUAAAGUCUCCUCUGCCAUGACCGAUGAGAUCUGCAGACUUUCAGUUUUAGUUGAUGAAUUUUAUUCAGAUUUUCACCCUUCUCCUCAAGUGUUGAAGCUCUAUAAGACAGAACUCAACAAGCAUAUAGAAGAUGGUUUGGGAAAGAACCUGGCUGAUCGUUGCUCCAGUGAAGUCAACCAGUCAAUGCAUCAGUCACAGCAGGAGAUGAUUGAAAAUCUGAAACCGUUGUUGCCUUCUGGUGCUCAGAAUCAGCUCCACUUGCUAAUUCCAUGCAGGAGGUUUGACCUUAGCUAUGACCUAAAUUGUCAUAGUCUUUGUGCGGAUUUCCAAGAGGAUAUCAUGUUCCACUUCUCCUUGGGAUGGACUUCACUUGUAAACCGUUUCUUGGGUCCUAAACAUGCUCAGAGAGUACUACUGGGACUGGCAGAUCCAAACUUACCAAUCCCUCGUCCUUUAGCUACCACACCGUCUGCUGCCAGCCUUCCUGCCCUAACUCCAGAGAACACACCACAGGAUGAUUUUAUGGUUCCCUUGGUAAUGAGUUUAGCUUCGCUGACAUCACGGACCUCUAUGAGCAUCAUCGUUGUUGGCGGAGUGAUCUGGAGAACAGUAGGCUGGAAGCUCAUCUCUCUUUCCCUGAGUAUGUAUGGGUUGUUGUAUCUCUAUGAGAGGCUAACCUGGACCACUAAAGCGAAAGAGAGAGCCUUCAAGCAGCAGUUUGUGAACUACGCUACCGAAAAGCUGCAGAUGAUCGUCAGUCUUACGAGUGCCAACUGCAGCCAUCAGGUGCAACAGGAAAUGGCAACUACUUUUGCCCGGCUCUGUCAGCAGGUGGAUAUUACCCAGAAAAACCUGGAAAAAGAAAUCGAUCGGCUUUCCAAAGAAAUAGAUCAGCUGGAGAACAUCCAGAGCAGCUCCAAGCAACUACGAAACAAAGCCAUUCACCUUGAGAAUGAACUAGAUCGCUUUACAAAACACUUUCUUCAAAAGAGUAAAUAAAAUAUCAUUGGUAACUUUCCCGGUGAUCCUUUGUAGGACAAAGUAGAAAUUUUACAGAUGACACUUCUCUGUGGAGUUGCAUGAAAUGAUUAUAUUUUUAAUGUUACUUUGAUUACACUUAAUAAUUAUAAAACUGGUUUUGAACUCUGAUGGUGAACCAAACUUAAGAGCUGUGGGACUUAGAGUGUUAUGUUUGUUUUUGCUGAUUUUGGGUUAAGAAUUAUCCUUAAACACUAAAUUUCUUUGGGCACUUGACGAUAAAAACUCAUAUCCCUUUUGGUUUUCAUUAAUAUUUAGCAGUGGCACUCACUUCCUGGCAUCCAGGAGGAGUUUAUGCAGGGAGAAAAGACUUAACACUGUUAUCACCGUCUCCUGUUACCAGUUGACGAGGAAUAGCCAGGGAGGAAGGAUGCUGCUCUUUCACUUACGGUUGUUUUGUUUUUGUGUUCUAUUGAAGGGAAGUACAAAGUCUAGCAUGGGGAAAGGACUCUUGACUGUUCUAAAAGUGAGUGAAAUUUUGUCGUGAAGCAGUUCCUCUUUGAAUGGAAAUGAAAGAUGCUAAACUGUACAGCAGUCACUAAUGAGAUGCAGUGGCCUCCAGUUGCCCUGCUGGCUACUGCGUGUAGGUAAGGUGGCAUUGAUGAAGUUGGUGAAGGGGUGGAAGGGUCACUUGCCUCUGAGAGCACUACUGGAACCCGUGUGCAGGUGAGCUGCAGGUCAGUGGUGGCAGCACCAUGCAGAGGUAGCGCAGCCAGGGGCGUGUUGGGCACAGCGCAGAUGGAGGCUGCACUUGACAGUUUUUGCUCAUGUGGGGUCCUGAACAGCUCCUUGGCGCUGCCAUAGGGCAGAGGUCUUCGAGGUGAGACCUAUGACAGGUACGUUUGAGUGGUUUUACCAUUGCUCACCCCCAGCAGUGCAAAGCCUCUUAAAAUUGCUGCUGCCAUUGGCAAUCACUUAACACCUUCAUUUUUUCUAACCAGACUUUUUAAAAAUAACUUAUUUUGAAAGAGAAAGCCUUUUCAGAAUAUUUAUAUAUUUUUAUGGAAGUAUUAAUGUGACUAAAUGAAAUACUUGCAAAUGAAUAAUAGCAAUUCAAAACUAAGAGGUAGAGAUUUGUUAUUUUCCAGUAAAAAGGGCUAUCCUAAAAGGAAAUACAUUUUAAAAGCUAAUGCUAGAGAGGUAGGUUAUUAGUAAUUUGAAGACUAAGAGCACUGUUUCCACCAUGAUGUAUUGUGGUGUGUGUUUUUGACUGUGCUAGCAGAAGCAUGGCUGUUCUGAAACUGUCUUUAGCAGUAUGCAUGAAGUGUCUCAGGUUCUCUGAGGGAAAUAAUUGUGAAAUAUGAAAAUGAUUAACAGCCCAGCCCUCUUGUAUAUGAGGUUACACAUAUGUAUUAAUUCUCUUUUCUGGAGCAUUUUUUUAACGGACAUUGUAUGAAGAUAAAACUUUAAAUGCAUGUGUUCUAUAAUUAUUUAUUAAAAAAAUAUUGUCUCCCCUU